GCGAGAAGUAUCUUCUUCCUUGCGUUCUUCCUCUCUCUCUCUCACUAUUUUCUUCUGUAUGGUGCAGAGUGCAGACCUUCAAAAAUUACUAAAAUAGGUUUCUUCCGAAUCUCUCUUCUCCUCCGUCGAACCUUGAGCUCUCUGGAUUCUCUAUUUCCUCUUGAUUGAGCCGAGCUUCCCCUUGCUUAGAUUCUCUCGCAUUUUCCUAUACUUAUGCGCGAAUGAGAUCGUGAUUGGAGCGAGAGACAAUCAAGAGAGCGAAUAUGAGCGACGGCCAAAAGUUCCCGCUCGGAACAAUCAGCGCUUUGAGUUUGUCCGUCGUGUCGUCUGUGUCUAUCGUCAUCUGUAACAAGGCGCUUAUUAGCACCCUUGGCUUCACAUUCGCGACAACUUUGACAAGCUGGCAUCUAUUGGUUACAUUCUGUUCACUUCAUGUGGCGUUAUGGAUGAAGUUUUUUGAGCACAAGCCUUUUGACCCACGAGCUGUGAUGGGAUUUGGUAUACUAAAUGGAAUAUCCAUUGGGUUAUUGAAUCUCAGCUUGGGUUUUAACUCUGUUGGUUUUUACCAGAUGACAAAGCUAGCAAUCAUCCCCUGUACUGUACUCUUGGAGACCAUCUUCUUCAGAAAGAAAUUCAGUCGAAAGAUCCAGUUUUCAUUAGUCAUCCUUCUCCUUGGUGUCGGAGUUGCAACCGUAACAGAUCUCCAGCUUAAUAUGCUGGGUUCUGUCUUGUCGCUGCUGGCUGUUAUCACUACUUGUGUUGCCCAAAUUAUGACCAAUACGAUCCAGAAGAAGUUCAAGGUUUCAUCGACCCAACUUCUGUAUCAGUCUUGCCCAUAUCAAGCAAUCACUCUCUUCGUAACCGGGCCGUUUUUAGAUGGUCUCUUAACCAACCAGAACGUGUUUGCUUUCAAGUACACCUCGCAAGUCCUGUUCUUCAUCGUCCUGUCCUGCCUCAUAUCCGUUUCAGUAAACUUCAGCACGUUUCUAGUAAUCGGAAAGACAUCUCCAGUCACGUAUCAGGUCCUGGGACAUCUGAAAACAUGCCUAGUGUUGGCAUUUGGGUAUCUUUUGCUGAAAGACGCGUUCGACUGGCGCAACAUUCUCGGUAUUCUGAUCGCCGUGGUUGGGAUGGUUCUUUAUUCCUAUUGCUGCACAUUCGAAACUCAGCAGAAAGCCACCGAAACAUCAACGCAAUUGCCUCAGAUGAAUGAAAGCGAGAAGGAUCCGCUGAUUAGUGUGGAGAACGGGAGCGGAUUGUUAUCAGACAAUGGAGUGGCGAAGGCGGAUCCUGUAUGGAACUCAAACAAAGAUUUUCAAGCAGUUGCAACCGUAACAGAUCUCCAGCUUAAUAUGCUGGGUUCUGUCUUGUCGCUGCUGGCUGUUAUCACUACUUGUGUUGUCCAAAUUAUGACCAAUACGAUCCAGAAGAAGUUCAAGGUUUCAUCGACCCAACUUCUGUAUCAGUCUUGCCCAUAUCAAGCAAUCACUCUCUUCGUAACCGGGCCGUUUUUAGAUGGUCUCUUAACCAACCAGAACGUGUUUGCUUUCAAGUACACCUCGCAAGUCCUGUUCUUCAUCGUCCUGUCCUGCCUCAUAUCCGUUUCAGUAAACUUCAGCACGUUUCUAGUAAUCGGAAAGACAUCUCCAGUCACAUAUCAGGUCCUGAGACAUCUGAAAACAUGCCUAGUGUUGGCAUUUGGGUAUCUUUUGCUGAAAGACGCGUUCGACUGGUGCAACAUUCUCGGUAUUCUGAUCGCCCUAGUUGGGAUGGUUCUUUAUUCCUAUUGCUGCACACUCGAAACUCAGCAGAAAGCCACCGAAACAUCAACGCAAUUGCCUCAGAUGAAUGAAAGCGAGAAGGAUCCGUUGAUUAGUGUGGAGAAUGGGAGCGGAUUGUUAUCAGACAAUGGAGUGGCGAAGGCGGAUCCUGUAUGGAACUCAAACAAAGAUUUUCAAGCGUAA